UUUACGUCCAAAGGUUUUCCCCAAAAUUGUCAUUUCCUCUAAAGUUUCCCCAAAAAAUUUUCACCCAAAAUUAUUCAUCCCCUCCCUUUGUUUCAUCUAGUUAAUUGGCCCAAACAUAGUUCAAAUUCUCCAGUUGAUGUGAAUUUUGACUUCAUCUACAGAUUUAUGUGAUAUUCUUCAAUCUGUAUCCCAGGUACACUCUGCAGAACCCAGUAGAAGAAUCCUUUUUACGGCAUUCAAGUUGGAAAAUGAAAACCAUUCCCUUCCCUUGAAAAAUCAAAACCCAUUCUAUUUGAUUUCAGCCUCUAGCGAUUCCGUUCAAAUGCUGUUGUCGAUUCCGUUCAGAUGCUGUUGCUGGCGCUGCCUGCUACGAUUCCGAUUCUGCUGCUUACGAUUCCAUUGUUACUAGUUCGCCACCUCCAGUUGAUUCCUCCACUAGUCUGCCAUCGUUUCAUUCGUCAAAGUUCAAACCUUAGCCCAAAGCACAAUCUGAGCUGAUUUCCUCUGCAAAAGAAGAUAACCCACAGCUCACAGUGGAGGAGUUUUUGGCUAUGCAUUCGAACUUGGUUAAUGCUCAUCUAGUAGCCGAUUCUUUUUGAAAAUCUAUCACAUUUGAUUCUGCAGUUAAUGGAGAAGAUCCAUCAGAAGUUGCACUCAAUUUCACGUCAGAGCACCGUAAAAAGGGAACUUCUUGGGUCAAUGCUGCAUUGGCUACCAAUUUGUCAUCCUUCACAGUAUACAGCGAAUAAGGAUCCUCAAAUUCAGUCGCAACAUCAACUCUGGCUCCAAACUCGAAGACAAACCCUGUUCAUCACCCCCUAUUAGUCGUCAAAAACUCAAUGAACGAAAGAGAAGAUGAUAUACCAACUACUUGCAAAGCUUGGUUCCAUGAUAUCUUAUAAAUCACAAGGCAAAUGUCCAGCAGAAACAUGUAGUUCACUAAACCAAAGAGCUCUUGAAUUAUAGUUGAUGUACAUAUAAACCUACAGGGGCGUUGAGGCUAGAAACAAUUGACGGAAGGCUUGCAUAUAGUGAAGUUGGAAGAUUUGUUUUUCUCCACCUCGGUUUCUUUAAUAUUCUCUAUGAAAAUCAAAAAUCGAAAACUCGGCUCCAAAUAUGUUUGAGCAACAUGAUUCUUCAAUUGUGUGAACUUGGAAAUCUGAAUGUUCUACGUUGAACAUUUUCAAUUACUCUACUUGUUUCUUAGGUGAAGCUUCAUUUCACAGAAGAUGCACUGAGAUUGAUUGCUAGAAAAGUAGUAACCAAGAAUACAGGAGCUGGGGAUUUGCGAUCCAUGUUGGAAAAUGUCUAGAUGGAUUCUAUGUAUGAGAUUCCUGAUGUUAGAACAAGAGAUGAUAUAAUUGAUGCUGUUGUAGUAAAUGAGGAAUCCGUUGGAUUUGAAAAACGUGGAUGUGGGGCUAAAAUCCUUUAUGGUAAGGGGGCAUUGGACCGCUAUCUUUCAAAACACAAGUUAAAGGAUUCAGAGGCAUCUGCAGAUGGGUCUGAAAGAAAACCUGAAGUGGAACCUGAACUUGCUUCUAUUGUUGCUUUGUGAACUUCCAAUGAGGUCCGUGUAUGGUCUCAAUAUGUACAGUAUAAAUCAUAAUGACUAUAUUUUUUAAAUUUAGAGUCUAGUUGCAGAUUUAUUGUAUUUAAUGUUUCUAUUCUAACAUUUAUCCAUUGUCAUCUGAAACAGAUAAUUAUCUUGUCUUGAUUUCACCAAAUGACCUCACUCCAGCAAAAAAUAUUUAUAUUGAGAGAUGCUAAUGCCAUAGUAGAGUAUUUCCGCUAAAAAAAAUCCAAAGUGGAGCCACUUACUAGUGAAUCUUUAACCACUGCUGCAUUUUCUAGUGUAGUUUCUUACUUCGUUUUGAAUGUUAGUUGUUCUAUGUUUUUAACGUCGUUUUCUACUUUCUCUUUUAAGAGUGCAAGGUUGAUGGAUGUGGAAUGAGUCGAAACAGUACCCUAGUGUGAGUUGGUUGAUGUUGACAAGGAAAGUUUGCCAGUGGUUGGCAGCAGCCACUAGUGGUGUAGCCGAGCAGGGUCGGUAUUUAUAUCUUCAGUCUUUGGCUACUGGUAAAGUUACAAGCAGAAGCUCAGCUGGUGUGUAUAUCAAAUCAUUGGCUUAUUUAAGGGAUCAAGAUGAUGCUAUUGAGGAUGAAGAGAAUAACUUUGGUGAGAAUCAGCGUAUAUCUAAUUCACGGGAAUAAAGAGUCAUGUUUAUUAUGUGCAUAACAAUAGAUAUAGAGCUUGUUUGCUCUACUCAUUUUAACUUUAGAUGUAAUCAUACUUGGUGAACGCCAUUUACUCUUGUGUUGAUAAAAUAUUUUGGAUUCAAUGUUGAUUGACAUUAUGUUUUAA